AUGGAACAAGACCAAUCACAUCAUAGACAUGAAUAUGUAUCUAAGAAUGUUGAAAAGACUACUACUAAUGAUUUGUUGGGUUUGAAUGAUAGAGAACAAGAUGAAACAGUCACAGUAGGACCAAUUGCUAAAGAAUUUACACUAGAUAUUCCUAGAAUUCCCAGUUUAGAAUUACCUUUGAAUGUUUCAACGAAACAUUCCAGUGUUCAAAGAGCUAUAGAGAUGUGUGGUGGUAUUAGUAAUAUCAAAAAAGCCUUUAAAGAAGAGGGACCUAUAGAUUCUCAAGAUGGAUUAGAAUUGUAUUUAAAUAAAGGUGAUCCAGGGUUUUUUAAUGAACAUCCUUUAAUUGGAAAAAGAGUACCAUAUAGAGAUGAUUCUAUUGUUUUAAAGAUUACUUUACCAAAAGGGACACUAGAAAAAAAUGAUGGGGAUUUAAAGAAAUCAUUAAACUCACUUAAUGAAAAGGAUUAUAGGGUUACUCCUAUAGCUAUUGUUGAUAACAGUAUUAAAUUUAGAGAAUUGUCAGAUUUCCAAGUUAGAUUAGAUAAUUCAAGUUCUGCAAAAGAAUUUGAAAACAAGAUUCAUUCUUUAUCAUGGAAAGAGUUACGACAAUAUGUGGAUUCUGUACAAGAUAAUGACACUAGACCCUUUGAAAAUAUUAAUAAUAUUAUUUUAAACAGAGAUUUGAAAUGUCCAAAUAAUGAUUUCCAAUUACCACCACCACCAAAAUUCGCAAUGAAUGGAUUAUCACAUUUAUAUAAAUAUAAAGGUAACCCCUUAGCCAGAAAAACAAAUGGUGUCACAGAAGUCAAGAAAUCAUAUAUUAAAAAUUAUCAAAUUUUAUUACAUGGAUUUAAUAAAAAUAUUAAAAUUCCAUUGGAGCCCUGUGAAGAAGCAAUUACUUGCUAUUUAAUGGCUCAGAAAGAUGGUAUUUACCCCGGUACAAAGAAGGAAUCUAAAUUUUAUGAAUCAUUAGAAGAAUGUUUAACAAUAUUAAAGAAAUUAUUUGAGCAGAGACCAAUUUGGAUUAAAAGACACAUUGAUGGGUUGAUUCCGAAGAGAAUUCACCACACUUUGAGGGUGGCAUUAGCAUUAAUAAGUUAUAGAUUUGUUAUGGGACCAUGGAGAAACACAUAUAUUAAAUUUGGUAUUGAUCCAAGGAGUUCUAAUGAAUAUGCUAAAUAUCAAACAGAAUAUUUUAAGAUCGUGAAAAGACUUGUAAAUUCACCCUUGGGUAAGAAAAAUAUCCCAAAAAUUCCUUCAUUGGUAUUUGAAUCUAAUAGACCAGGUGAUAUAGAUAGUAGGUUUAGAUUUGAUGGUACUCAAAUCCCAUGGUAUUUGAUGUUGCAAAUAGAUAUUUUGAUUGAUGAACCAAAUAUUAGGGAAGUUUAUAGUAAAGUGGAGUAUUUGGAAGAACCUAAUGAAUUGACUGGCUGGUUUAAAGAAUUGGAUUUAGUUAAAAUGAGAAGAAUAAUGAAAUAUGAGCUGGGUUGUUUAGUUCAAGGGAAUCAUAAUUUUAACCCUUAUAGACUAAAAUAUUAUAAGUCUAUUAGAAAUACAAAUGAAACAAAACCAAAGGAGAUGAGCUCAAAGGAUGAUUUUAAGAAUAAAUUGGAUGCAGAAGGUGAUAUAGAGAUGGAAAAUUCAGUAGACAAUAAUAUAGAUGCAAGACAAGAUGAUGAUGAUGAUGAUGACAAUGGUAUUAUAUCAGAUGAAGCUGAUGAAGAAGUCUUGGAGGAUGAAGAGGAAGAAGAAGAAGAAGAAGGAGUUGAUGAUAAUGAAUCAAAUGAUAUGGAUAAAGCAUAUUAUAAUAAUAAUGAUAAUAAUCAAGAACAAUUUAUCGAUCCAAGUAUGAAUGUUUAUAGAAAGAAUACCUCUGAUAUAAAUAAUAGUGUCAAUUAUAAGUAUGCAUCAUUUGGAGAUAUUAUUGACAGAAUUGCAAAAUUGAAUCCUUCUGAAGCGAAAAUAUUAGAAUCUCAAUUAGAAGGAUUUGUACAUGAAAGUCGUUUAUGA